AUGGAAAUCCAGGGGCUUUCUGGUGCCCAAAACAUACACUCUCAACAUGGCGCCCAGCACAGAACCCCUUCGUCUCCACGUCAAUCAGCAACAGGGUCGACACCUCGUUUUAAUUCCACCGAAAAUGAAGCGGAUGGACUAUUGGAGUCGUCUGAGCCACAAAGUGACAACAACAACAACACUAGGCCGAGGACAGCCCCGUUUCACCUACUGGCGGAAAAUGGCAGCGGAGCGGGUUGUUCGGCUGUUAGUAAACCGCAACCAACCGUUAAAACCAGUUUAUUGGGAAACGGUACCAGACCGACUGUCGGACUUCAUAACGUGAGCACGGAGAGAGACAAUGAGCUCGAUGCACUGCUUGGUUCGCAGGAGUUCGUGAGGACUGCGUGGAAAUACGGUGUGGAAAGCGGGGAUAGUGUAAUGCAGAUGGCGCUGCCUCUGUUUGAAGGGGAAGAGGAGCCGGAGCUGCAGCGGCACUUCACGUUACCGUGUCCAGGUUUACGGCAGCAGCGUGAGGACGCCGCCUCGAAGCCCUCGGUGAGCAGCCACAGCGGCUCCAACACGGCGAGCAGGGCAGACACCACCCAGGAACUGUAUGUUGUUUUUAAUGUUGUUCAAGAGGAUGGCAUCGGUGAAGCGAGCAAACACCGACCGGAUGUGUCAUCUGACGGUGGCGAUCAAAUGAAAAAGACAGAGAGCUCUAGUCCCAGUGUCUCCAUGGAGGCUGGAAACAACAGCGACGUUAUUCUCUGUGAAUCUACCGAUCACUUGAAUUGUCUUGACACCCGGGCCUUGAAAAAAGCUGAUGUUUUCAAUUUACUGAGCGACAGUGCCGGGACUAAUGUUAAACAGACUGUCUAUCACCACACUGUCGAAGACGUUGUUUUGACAAACAAAUAUGGCGAUAAGAUCUGUGGCCAGAUUUGUACAGAAAACAACGAAGGUAAGCUGGUCAGGGAGGUUUCCUCUGCCCCCUUGAUUUCAGGGAGCUCGGGCGUUGUGGAAGUCAUGGACACCACGGACUUCAUUUCAGACUCAGCGGGGCUGCAGGGAAGUGCAAACUCAAUCACGGCCUCCACAAGUCCGCCUGCUAGUGAAACCUUUUCCGGAACUAUCACAAUAAACAACCAAAGCAUCAUAGUGACCAUAGAGAACGGGAUACUGACUCUCGCUGCCCCACCAGAGGGAUAUGUGCACAAAGAAGAUGACAUGGUUAGCUUAAAGGAGCACCUUGGCAUGAAAGACCAUGAGGAUAUUGUUCUUCUCAACUAUGACGGUGGCACUAAAUCCAUCGGGAAGAUCAGCACACUGGCAGUGUCCAGCUCCAGCCAGCAGGAAGAGCCCAGGCCUGGUUUGUCUGUGAGUGACUCUGAGCUGGCUCUGGUGGAUGACUGUCCAUUAUCGGAGCUUGGUACUUCUCUGGACUCCUGUCCCAUUGUAAAGCAGGAGGCAGGUGCACUGUGUGCUGUAACAGAGGCCGAUCUGGUCACCCUGUCCCCCAAAGCCACUGUGGCAGACUGUGAAAAUGGGGAUUUCCAGUGUGUACCGCUUAUAAGGUCCAAGAAAGAGACUGUCGCCUCUUUUGGGUGCCCAGAACAAGGCUGCUCGUGUACAUUUGAUACACGUCAAAAACUUAAGAUUCACCUACUGAGGCAUGCAGAGGACCCACGCCCCUACCAGUGCACCGUAGAGGGUUGCGGCUGGGCUUUUGCCACCUCUUACAAGCUAAAGCGGCAUCUUCAGUCCCAUGACAAGCAGCGGCCACACACCUGUCAGUUUGAAGGCUGUGGGCGCCGUUUCACCACAGUCUACAACCUAAAGGCUCAUGUUAAAGUCCAUGAGCAGGAUAAUGCCUUCAUCUGCGAGAUCUGCCAUGAGAGGUUUCGCAGUGCUACACGACUCACCAAUCACCAGAGGGUCCACUUCGAACCACAGAGGCCCCACAAGUGUGAAUUCCCAGGAUGUGAGAAAACCUUCAUCACCUUCAGUGCCCUGUUCUCCCACAAUCGCACUCACUUCAGAGAAACGGGUCACUUCACCUGCACCUACCCAGGGUGUGACAAGACGUAUGACAAGGCAUGUCGGCUCAAAAUCCAUAUGAGAAGUCACACUGGCGAGAGGCCAUUUGUCUGUGACUCGGAGGGCUGUGGCUGGACCUUCACCAGUAUGUCUAAGUUGCUCCGACAUAAACGGAAACAUGAUGAUGACCGUCGCUUUGUCUGUACAGAGGAGGGUUGUGGGAAAUCCUUCACUCGGGCAGAGCACCUCAAGGGUCACAGUAUCACUCAUCUGGGCACCAAGCCCUUCCAGUGCCAUGCAGAAGGCUGUAGUGCCAAGUUCUCAGCACGCAGCAGUCUCUACAUCCACUCCAAAAAGCACAAGCAGGAUGCCAGCACCCUGAGGACCCGCUGUCCUGUGGCCAACUGCUCCAAGCACUUCUCCUCCCGCAGCAGCCUGAAGAGCCACAUGCUCAAACACCACCACCUCAGUCCUGAUGUUCUCAGUCAGAUGGAGACCACGCCCACCCUGACCCCCAGCAGUGAGCUCAUCAGCGCCACCCCAACAACAGUCGCUGGGCCUGGUGUUGCCGUGGGCGACCAGCUGACCAACUUGGACCUCAGCUCUCUUUUCUCUGCCGUGCCUGGUGGCACUGCAGCCACCGCUGGCAUUGGAGUGGGGAUUCCCGUCGCUGGGAGCAGCUCGAAUGGCACUUUCACCAUGGACCUGUCGCUGGUCAGCUCAGGCAUCCUCACCAUCGACCCUUCGUCAGUCGGCACCACGCUGGGUACCAGCACUAGCACCACCUUAGCCAAAGCUGUGGACCCCCUUAUCCUGGCAGCCAGUGCUGACAUGGGCCCCCACCACGGGCUGGAGGGAACAGUGGGGGACGUCCUGCCCCCACAGGGCACUCUCAAUCUGGAUGAUGUGCAGACCGUUACCCCGGAGGCCCUUGGGACCCUCACAGCUCUUACCAUGCAGGGAGCUGGCGCGUCUGUGGACCCCACUCUGCAGCACCCACUCAGCUCCUCCAGUGCCCUGAGCGUGGAGCCCACAGCCUCCUUGGCAGUAGCCCCUGUUGCCGAGCUACUGACCUCCCCCUCAAAGGGGGUGGAGGUGGGAGGCCAAGGGGGCGCUGGGCCCCUGCUGGGCUGUGUGGAGGUACUGGGGCCACAAGACGGAGGAAAGGUCCUCACCCAGUUUGUUUUCCCCGGUCACAGCAGCAGCUUCAGCCCACAGAAAGACCAGGAACUCAACGCUGUGUCACCAAGCAGCUUCCUGGAGAGUGGAGGCUCAGCUAGGACUGACUACAGAGCCAUCCAGCUGGCCAAAAAAAAGAAACAAAGAGGUCCUUCAGCCUCCUCUGGGACUUCAGGAUCUACUCAGAGAAAAACUAAAGGAGUAAAGGCAGCCUCGGCGCCCUCUGGUGUUCGAUAUGGGGAAGUAGCUGCAACAGCCAAUGGGGGCCUGACUCUGCGUGACCCCGUCACCGGGGCCCAGUAUGUCCAGAUUCAGCUGCUGCAGGACGACCCAGCCAGUGAUGGUGAUCUGGCCUUCCAGUUGAGCUCUCAGCCCUCCAGCUCCCACUCUCAGCUCACUGCCGACCUGCCUGUCAACAUCUUACAGGAGCCUUCAGUGAUGACGGAGGACGAUAACGGCUCAGACAACUCCCAGUUCACAGGAAGCACAAUCAACCUUCAGGACCUGGAGUGACCACCACAGAGCUGCAGGCUCCACAGUUUACAUCAACAAACGUUGUUGGACUCCCAGGACUGUGAAAGCCUUUUCUGACAUGUGGUGGAUAGUCUGCAGAGGAAAUGGACAUGAGUCCACAGUUAAUGCACCUUGACAAGAGAUGAAGAUUAUUAUGUGUUUAUUUCUGAAGUCCAGUUUGUACCAAAAUCAAACCUGACAGCAUUCUCAUGUCAGAAGCUCUUUGUUUCUCUGUGUGGGGAUUGAUCGUAAUGGUGUCUAUUCCAUGGUGCCACAUUGCCAUUCAUGCACACACAGUGCGCUGUCUAUGCUCCAGUUGCCUUACAGACACCUCGCGCUGUGCAUUCCUCCACUGACGGGUUAUCUGCUUUAUUUGUUGCUAGUUUGAUUUCUUAAGGUUUGUUAGAUUUAUUUUUCUAUGGCAGCAGUAAGGUCAUGUGUUUGUAUACAGUUUGUCAUGAGAUACUACCUUCUGGUUCUAAUUUUAUCUGUUUGUUAUUUAUUAUUUAGCUGUGGAUUUCCAGAAUGGCAGAGCCAAUCACAGAGAUUAAAGAAUCUAAGCACAAUCAUAA